GGUCGCGGGGGCUGCCGUCAUGGCGACCUCCUCCGGCAACUUGAACGCCGUGAGGGAAACGAUGGACGUGCUGAUGGAGAUCUCUCGCCUGCUCAACACCGGCCUGGACGCCGAGACGCUCUCCAUCUGCGUGCGGCUAUGCGAGCAGGGCAUCAACCCCGAGGCCUUGUCCGCCGUCAUCCGGGAGCUCCGAAAGGCCUCCGAGGCUCUGAAGGCUGCUGACAAUUUGACAAAUUAAAUUGAGGAAAAGGUUUUUUUCUAUUGAGAUGAAGCUUCUGAGAAAUAGAAGAUUUUGCCUUCAUUCGUAGAAGAUUUUUGUUGAAGAUGUUGGUUAUUGGUUGUGUAAGUUUCUCACAGGUGUGGAAAAUACAUUGCUUUUUAAAUACCUAUUAACCAAUAAUCUUUCAAAAUGCAUUUUGUAUCUUUUUGUUGUAUGUGAUUUAAAAAUCUUGCAAUUAUGUAUUAACUCAGAAAUUUCUUUCAUUGUCCCAGUUGAAACAUGUGCCUCAUAUUUGAUAAAAUGUUGACUGUAUCAUUCAGAUGUGGCCAAUGUACUUAACAUUAGAAGACAGACAUCUGCCUGAAGGAGUUCACUGCUGUGGAUUAAUUUUUAAAGUGUUAUUUUCUGUAUUCCUGUUAUUUACAAUUUGCUGACUCUUUCAC